AGGCUACAAAUAUUAAUGGAUGGCCUUUUUCCACUAAUCAGUUGCCUCCUCGUCCUUACUCCUUCUCAACUGCUUGGGUUUCAUUACUACUAUUACUCCAUUAAUUAUACAGUACUAAGUAGUUGUUGUUUCUUAUUUUCAUCAACAUACAUCAAAUUCAUGGGUUCCUCAUCUCCCAUGGUGGAUUCAUCACUACCUCAAGGUGACAACCAGUUGCCUUUGGGACUUCAACAUAUGCUUCAGUAUGUUAUCAAAAGCCAGCCAGAUUGGUGGGCUUACGCCAUUUUUUGGCAAACCUCAACUGACGACGAGGGAAAGCCCUUUUUAGCUUGGGGAGAUGGCUAUUUUCAAGGGGCAAAAGGAGGUGCAGCUGUUAACAACAAAGGCAGCAGUUCAGACGCGGCCCAAUCGGAGAGAAAAAAAGUAAUCAGAGGAAUUCAAGCUCUAAUUGAUGGAGAUAAUAAUAAUCUAAUGGACGAUGGUAAUGUAACCGACAUCGAAUGGUUCUACGUGAUGUCGUUGGCUCGUUCUUUCUCUGUGGACAACGGAUCAGUUCCUGGUAAAGCUUUUAGUAGUGGUAAUUUUGUGUGGUUUACAGGUGCUGCUCAAUUUCAGGUUUACAGCUGCGAAAGGGCUAAAGAAGCUCAGAUCCAUGGAAUUCAGACUCUGCUUUGUAUUCCAACUUCAAACGGCGUGCUCGAACUGGGCUCGGCCCACUUAAUCAAAGAGAAUUUUGACUUAGUUCAACAGGUCAAGUCCCUGUUCCUCUCUUGUCCGCCCAUUCACUUUCUCGAGAAAUCAAUUUGUUUUGCUGAUAUAGGUCUUGUCACCGGCUUGCAACAAGAUAACGAAGACAAAUUAGAAAAGCAGCAGCUGGAUUCAGAUAAAAAGGCAGUAGCAAAGAAAAGAGGGAGAAAGCCCAAAGGCGGAGACAAUAAUAUAAAUAUGGCGGCGUUGAACCACGUAGAGGCGGAGAGACAGAGAAGGGAAAAGCUGAACCACCGAUUCUACGCGCUACGCUCUGCUGUACCAAACGUUUCCAGAAUGGACAAAGCUUCACUGCUAUCAGACGCGGUGUCAUACAUCAACCAACUCAAAGCCAAAGUGGAUGAGUUGGAGUUGCAGUUAAUUGAUCAUAGCAGCAGCAGCAAUAAGAAACAGAAAAGUAAUGAAUCAGGUGAGAACCAGAGCACCAACACUUCAGUGGACCAAGAAUUAAGACCUAAUUCAUCUUUAGAGGUUGAAGUAAAGAUAGUGGGACCAGAUGCUAUGAUCAGAGUUCAAUCAGAGAACGUUAAUUAUCCAUCAGCAAAACUCAUGAGUGCGCUUCGACAUCUACAACUGCAAGUCCACCAUGCCAGCAUUUCAAGUGUCAAUAAUCUCAUGCUUCAUGAUGUUGUGGUUAAAGUUCCUCAGGGAUUAAGAACUGAAGAUGGAUUAAGGACUGCUCUUAUUACAACAUUAGAGAGCAAUAGCUAGCUAAUUUUGGUAAGGAAUUACACUUUAAUUAGCUUCUUAUUGCACUUUUGCUUAUGUGUAAAUUAGGCGGAUCAGUAGGGCUUUGAGAAUAUUAUAAUUAUCAUUCAAGAAAAAGAAAAAAUUUACCAGUAAACUACCUCGGUCAUGUUAGGCAGAGUACGUGCUUCGAAUCUUCAGUCAUUCAAUUUCUUGUUCUAAUAAGAGUAUAUAAUUUCCAUCUUUGCAUUAUCA